AUGGACCAAUCCUUGCCCCCCGACGUUUCAAACGUCGAGAUUGUUGACCUUGGUGGACUCGACGUAUCCAUCAUAAUAUCCACAUUCCUCUAUGCUAUUAGCUGUUCUCAAGUCUUUGUCUAUUGGAGAAGCGGAUUUGGCGACGGGUCGCUGAUCCGCUGUCUAGUAAACAGGAUUCUGGAAACUAUCCAUAGCGUAAUGUUUUGGGCCCAUCAAUACCAUUUAACCGUGACUCUCUAUGGCAAUGCGGACGCCAUCAAAUAUGGCUGCUGGGCUUUGAGCUAUUCCUUGGUGGUGCAUGGGCUCAUUACUGCUUUUGUGCAAGCAUACUAUUCCUUCCGCCUGUAUGCACUUUCAGGCUGGAUUAUGGUCAGCGUGCUCUCUUGGACCGGGUCUUUACUUGAAGUCGUCGGGUCGUGCUAUGGCACCUAUGCUUUGGUUACGGCCAAAGGCCCAUACCCAGAAAACCUCUACCGGGCUAUCACUGCGACCGCCGCCCUGGACGUCCUCAUCGACAUCAUCAACACGAGUUCACUCUGUUAUUGCUUGUACAAAAGACGUACGGCAGCCAGAAAGUAA